AUCGAGUUCACCUUACCAUCGCACUGGAACAUUGUAUGGGCCUUCUGUUAUCGUCACGGACCCUCGCUCGGCGCUCUGAUUCACCGCAGGUCUCUUCAGGGAGGGUCUACAAUGCGUUGUUUACAAGCUAAGCCCCUCUAUCUGCCUUGAGCGUCGGCUGCCAUGUCUGGUGCGACGCGGCUCGCCUUGCUGCCUGGGGCCCUUUUUUCCUCUUCGUUUGCUGGCAGCCGGGAAGAGCUCCACGUCUUGGGCGGGUCUCGUUCUCUUGCCUCUCUCACUCCAUUCACGUCACGCUAUCCUACGAUGCAUGCCUCUUUGGAGGCGCAGCUAUGGCUCAAGACUAACGCCCGACGCUGCCCGCUGGGCUAACUAUCUCAAAGCCUGAACCACUUAGUUGCCCCCACCGCCGAUCUCGCCCGGCCCCCGUUGCCCGACUCCCACUGCCGACGACCGGGCUCAACAAGAAGUCCAUUGUUCGAUCACAUGUCGCCGUUUGUCCCAUGCCAGUGUCGAAAAUGAAGGGGCUUAGAGCCCUUCGCCUGGUAUCCCAAAAACUCAACAACGCAGCGCCCCGAACGGAAACACUUCCACAGCCCCCUGCUCUGCCCGAGGCCUCCAAGGGCAAAAGACUGUUACCGACUACUCAACCAAAACCUAUGUUACCCGCGCAGCGCCGACAUCACCGCCACCAUCAUCCAACGCUGGAGAACAUGCCCCACGCCAGCUCGCCCACCCCACUGCUGGCCCUUGCUGACUCCUUGUGCUGGACCUCGAGCAUGGGCUUAGGGAAGGUCGAGGGAGGGGAAGAAGAUGCUCAGAGACAGGGAAGUCGCCGAGGCAUCCCCAGGGCCUUGGUUACCUCCAUGAAGCUGCUGUGCUUGCCGCCGUCACCAACUUGA